CCCGACACAACGGGCCGGUCGGUCCGGCGGUGCGGCAGCAUGUGGCGUGGACAGUGAACGAUGAACGGCGCCGCCGUCGCCAUGACCGACCAGGGCAUCGCGGCCGUCGUGGAGCUGAACGUGGGCGGCGUGUUCUACACGACCUCGCUGGCGACGCUAACUUCGUGCGGUGGCUCGCUCCUCGGCCAGAUGUUCUCCGGCUGCGCCUCCGAGCCGCUGCUCAGAGACUCCAAGGGCCGCUUCUUCAUUGACCGCGACGGUGUGCUCUUCCGCUACGUGCUCGACUUCCUGCGCAGCCAGAAGGCCGUGCUGCCCGACAACUUCCAGGAGGGCGAGCGCCUGCUGCACGAGGCAGAGUACUUUCAGCUGCCAGAGCUGGAGGAGGCGCUGCGCACACCCGGCUCGGGUCGGUCGCGCGCUCUCGCCGACCGCUCGCCCGGCUGCAUCAUGGUCGGCUACCGCGGCACGUUCGCGUUCGGUCGCGACGGUCUGGCCGACGUCAAGUUCCGCAAGCUGGCGCGCAUUCUGGUGUCGGGCCGCGUGGCGCUGUGCCGCGAGGCGUUCGGCGAGACGCUGAACGAGUCGCGCGACCCGGACCGGGGCCACGUGGACCGCUACACCAGCCGCUUCUUCCUCAAGCACUCGUUCCUCGAGCAGGCGUUCGACAUGCUGUACGACGCCGGCUUCCGUCUGACGAGCAGCUGCGGCUCCGGCACGGCCAGCAUCUCGGGCAUCUCGGAGAAGCCUGGCUCCGACUCGGAGGAGAACCGCUGGAACCACUACAAUGAGUUCGUCUUCGUCCGCGACUGAGCGCCGCAGUGAGGCCCGGGCUGCCGCUGGCGGCUGAACUGACAGGAGGAGACUGGACCUGACACCCCACAGCCGGUGGGCACGCUAACAGGGUCGAGACUGAGUUCGGAGCGGCUCUGCACUGUUGACGGCUGGUCCAAACGGAGCUGGCUCCGGCUAGUUGCGGCGGAGAUAACCGGCGUAAGAAGUAACCGAUAAAACGGUGCGGUACGUUACCUCCCCAUGGUGCCGCCACGUGACCUGCGGGACAGCGAUGGUGACCGGCCCGUGCCUGUGAACCUUGCGAGCACGUAGCGCAACCGGUGCGCUCGUUGCAAGUAGUGUGAGAGAAAGAGAGAGCGUGAGAGAGAGAGAGAGAGGGAGAGAGAGGGAGAGAGAGUGGGGGGCCAGAGCACAAGCAGAAACUCCACAGUUCUCUAGUCAGGUCUAACGGACUCUCCAAACUUGCUCCUAGGCUAAUUUGCAGGACGCUAUCAGUGGAUCAGUAAAUGCUGGGUUGUACGCGCGUUUAGAAGCUUACCUCCGAAUGGGGUUUCCACAUAUAGCUUGUUGGCAGCUGUUGUCUUGGAAGUUGGCUCGGGUCGUGCUUACGGAACAUAGUCUGCCCUCCGUAUGGCACUCUGCCAAACGCCUGAGCAAGGGAAACGAAGAAAAAUCACUUGGCGAAGGAUGCCCACGAUCCGCUGCGCGCGAAAAAGAUUGGACCUUUUAGGGCUUUCAGCUGAGCGACAUCCUUCAAAGACGUUCGCCAUCAUUAUCCAGCCCAAACCCUGCGCUCAGUGUUAGCCAUCGUUGUAGAAAACGUUUUUUUUUCAUGACGUCAGACGUACGCCGCGAGACACUAUCGAGCCAUCCUGGCCGGUUUUGAAGACGCGCGGUCUGUGAUUGCCAUUUACCUGGUAACACUAUUUUGCAAUCUGUGUAUGUUCUAUAUGGUUGAUAACGCCAAUUUUGCUUUCUGGAACACGAUUUUGUUCCUGGUCCGUGACAUUGAAUUCAUUCAUGGUUUAAUGGCACUAGCGCUGUCGCGGCGAUGGUUCAUGCAACGGUACAUAGCCACCUAAAUUUAUUUAACCUGAGGUCACUACUAAAGACUAAAAUACCGCCACCGAUGGUACUUUCACAAUGGAUUGUGUGUUGGCUGAGCUAGGCAGCACAUUCAACUAGCAACGAAAUCUACGAUACGAAAUAAAAUUCGAUAAAAGUCCCACGUCAUAUGUGAAUUUACGUAAUAAAGUCACAUGAAAUUCUAGCAAAGCGUGAGAAGAUGGCUCUAUAUUUCCCGGCACUGCAUACUCAUAUCGUUGCAGGUUUAUGAACAGGCAACACAACGACGCAGUCAACUCCCGUGGCAAGGUGCGCCAGAUUGGCUACAGCAAACGUUUGGCCAGUCUUCUGCAAUCGCUUAGGCCAUUAUUAUGGUAGAGAUACCAUACGUGACGUGUUUCUUUAAUUCUUAAAUCUUUCUGGAGGUUCAAAGAUCUUUUGUAAUGCUUCGAUAGUUUCACCAUAGUUAGGCUGUGUUACAGCCGCCGUUCUGCAACAACGAAAAAAUGCUUCCGUCCGGCAAUUCACCCCAUCUACCAGGAUUGACUGUCCGACAUGUACUGAAUUUGCCGACAGUGUUAUGAGUUCUUAAUGUUUUAAAAAACCAAAUGAGGAUGCACGCAUUUUGAUCAUGGACUUGCUGCCCAUGGUAUUUUAAGUCAAUUCGAUGCCGACGCCAGCAAGCGUGAGCUUUGUCACGCAAUUAGUUCACCCGAACCCGGUCUGUUUGGAAUGGUAUUGGGCAUAUCCGGCGCGAUCUAAAGGCAGGCGCAAUCAAGCGCCAAUCUUGAUAACAUUUGUGUAAUAUGCGUCCAUCAUAUCCCAUCCCCAGGUGAAUGGUGCUUGCUGUUUUUACAGAUAGCACUGAGUUCACAAUCAGUCGCAUGCUUAACUACCACCAGGAACUUAUCGUUGGCGGUAACUCAUGAAUGACUGAAGUGAGUGGCUUUUGCGGGUGCUGGCUCUGCACUGGGCUCGUUUAUCACAAUGCAUUCGAUUCUGAUAUAUAUAUAUAUAUAUAUAUAUAUAUAUAUAUAUAUAUAUAUAUAUAUAUCAGUGCGUUCCAGCAAAUCCCUCAAGCACUUUUGUGUUGCCUUGAGCUCCGCUGCCCGCCCUAUGAUGAAGAAAACAUAAUGGGCCAUUAUGUUCUAUCAAAUCGUGGAUCUACAUCGUCGAUUGAUACAGCCACGUAAGCUUACAGCUGUUUUCCUGGCGGAGUGCUGACCAAGACACUGCAUCGGAGUUCCAGGCAUCUCCCGUCUGUGAUGUUCAAGAUGUCUGGUCCGGUGCUGCCCGCCGCGGUGUUCUGCGGCGGUGACGCGUCAUCGUCCGCCGACGGGUAGCCGGCCGCCUCUCAUCGGCGCGCCAGCUGCAAGCCAAGAGCCUGCGCCUCCCAUCGGUGUCGACACGAGACACCUCGCCUGACGCCUUGCCGACACCCCGACCACUUUCCCGCAGCGCUUAUUUCAUGAUGGGUCUGCUUUUAGUGGGGCACGUCUCUUAGCGUUAGGUCAGUGGGACGGCGCACGGCUAAGCCAGCGAGCGGCCGCCGGACGCGGUCUGGGGCGAUGCCAGGGCGUGGUCGCUACUGCGAGCCCCAACUAAUCACAGUGUGCUUGAUCGUUUGACACCCUGCUGACAUGGGUCACUGGACACGGGUGCUUCGUGUUUGCUGUUAUGAGCGCUGUUGAUGUUAGCGUGUGUUUGGACAUAGGCCGUAGCUGAAACUUCUGUAAGGCUGCAAAUAGAGUGGAAAACAGC